CAUAAGUUGACCAAUCUCGCAGAUCUCUUUCAGUUCCUUUUGAAACCAUUCACAAAGGAGUACCUCUCUUUGAACUUCUCAACAUGUCUCCCAAGAAUAUUCUCAUCACGGGCUGUAACCGUGGGAUCGGCUUGGAAUUCGUCAAGCAAUACCUGACCGGUGCCAACCCGCCCACUCAUCUCUUCGCCACUUGCCGCAAUCCCGACAAAGCGCCCGAACUGGUGGAACUGAGCAAAGCUCAUUCCAAUCUUCACGUCUUGACUCUGGACGUGACCAAUCAUGCCUCUUUUCCCGAGUUGGUCCACUCGAUCAGUCAAGUAGUGGAUCAGGAAGGUUUGAAUUUGGUUCUCAACAAUGCCGGACUUUUACCUUCCGAAAAAGAAGGUGGAGUCACGCCUGAAAAGAUGAGGGAAGCCUUUGAGGUCAAUACCAUUGCUCCUUUGUUUUUGUCCAAGGCCCUGUUGCCUUUGGUGAAAAUUGCGGCCCAAAAGGAUGCUUCGGCUCCCAUGGGCAUAGAGAAGGGGGCUAUUGUUCUGAUGUCUACGGCUGUGGCCUCCAUUUCCGAGAAUUCGGGUGGGGGAAACACGGCUUAUCGUGCGAGUAAAACUGCUCUGAAUCAAGUGAUGAAGAACUUGUCCAUAGAGCUGAAAUCUGAUGGGAUUUUGGUGAUGGCCUUGCAUCCUGGUUGGGUAAUGACGGACAUGGGUGGGCCCAAUGCUCUUAUCAAUACCGAGACGUCCGUCGGAGGCAUGAUUAAGACCUUGAGCGCUCUCACAGACAAAGACCAUGCUUCGUUCCUCAGAUACGACGGGACCGGCAUUGGGUGGUAAAUCAAAUCAUCCGUGCACACCGAAUGAAUCUCAUGUUUUGAAUCAUCAUUGAAUAUGAAUUAUAUUGUGAAUUUUAAA